UGCUUUUGUUUUCAAGUGUGAUUUAUUUUUGCCUGUACGAGUAUGUCAAAAUAAAAAUUUAAAAACUUCUCAUUUCCGUUAAAGAAUUCAUAGCUUUAUUAUUAAUUCGCUAACAAAAUUAUAAACAAAAUGCUAGAUUUAAAAAACGAAUGGGAAAGGUCACAGCUAUUACGCCCAAAGGACAAUAUCAUUUCACAUGUACAUCUUAAGAAUCCUCGUAUCUUUAGGCCCUCAUAUGAGGAUGAUCCCGUUAUAAUGAAUUGGCUUUUGGGCAUGGAGUAUGGCCGCGUAUGGACUAAGGAGAGAAAUGAUUUCGUUAAAGAUCGCGUCAAGAAGACCAAACCGAAAUUUAUUGAAAACGAUUAUUGGAAUUGGAUUGAGAAGCGUAAACCGAAAGUUUAUAGACAAUGUAAAGCGGAGGGUGUGAAAAAUCUCAUCAACAAAGGGAAAAGAUAAAUGAUGGCCUGUCUAAAUAUUUUCAUAUUAAAAGAUUUACCAGGAAAAGUUUAUGUAAUUUGGUUAUGUAGAUGAAUGCAAAUUUAAUAAAGUUUUCCCAGUAAAUCUCUGAAAAAUGUUACAUUGUGGAAUAAAAUUCAUUUUUGAAAACAA